AUGGGGGCGCCACAGCUCGACACCCAGAUUUUGGGAAUCGUGUUCCAAUCUCGACCAGAUAUUCUUACCGGCAUCAAAAAUGCAGCCGAUACGCCGGCGCGCACCACACUGUUCAACGACAUAGCUAGUUAUGUGUACGAACGAUUGAGUACUGCCGAGGGCGCAGACGGCCCUGCAUCGAAGAGGAGACGAGUCGAUAUUACACAGUCAGUCACACAAUCGAAGCCAAACGGACAAACACACGCCGACUCCCAGACCGCCGGUUCCCAUCCCGAGGACGCCGCCGCCGACCCUGUCUUGCUCGAGAUCAAGGACAUAUCGGUGUCAGCACCACAACGGAAGAAAUACGACCUCUGCUUUACUAAACGCUUUUUAUAUGCGCGAGCGCCUGGGACGUCAGCCCCGGCCCAGGGCAUUACAUAUCCCUGGAAAGACAUCGAGCAUGCAUUUUAUUUGCCAGUUCCCGACAAGGCCCAAGUCCAGCACAACUACGUCUUCUUCCCCCGUGGCAGUUCCUUGCCAACGUCAAAGCAGGCUGGUCCGUCGCUGGAGCCGCUGGUUCUGACCGUGCCUGCCACGGCACCGAAACCGGGGAGUAUCGCCGGACAAUCAGCCGCAGCCGCUGAGGCGGUCUCCGACACGUACAGCAGCCUGUUCCACUGGGCGUUGACAACGUCAAUGCGCUCGGCCGGAAACCAUGCAUGCCAAAUCGUGGCCGCAGAUCCCAAAUUAUUCCACAGUGUCGCCCGCCAGCCGCACCGCCCCAAUGAAAAGGCCGUCCACGUCAAGGGCUUCCGGGGCAGCAAGGACGGAUUUCUUUUCUUUCUUCCCACCGGGAUUCUGUGGGGCUUCAAAAAACCGCUCUUGUUUCUACCGCUGGAUCGGAUCGUGGCUGUCAGUUAUACCAAUGUCCUACGCACCACAUUCAACAUUGUCAUUGAGCUGGAUACAGAUACCGUUGGGGAGGAUAUGCCAGGCAUCGACAAGGAGAUUGAGUUUGGCAUGAUCGACCAGGAGGAUUACCAGGGGAUUGACGAGACAUACGUACGGCGCCACGGGCUUGCAGACCGGAGCAUGGCUGAGCAGAGGAAGGCCAAGCGGGAACUGGCCGAGAACAACAAGCAGCCUGCUUCGGGAGACGCGUCCACUGCGGAGGCGGAGGCGACGGAUGGUCUCACCGCGUUGGAGUUGGCGGAGCGCGAGGCCGAACAGCAGCUGCAGGAUGAGGAAGACGAAAUGGAGGAGGACUAUGACCCCGGCAGCGAGGGGGAGAGUGAAGGUUCUGGGUCGAGUGAUGAGGAUGAUGAGGAUGACGAGGCGGCGGAAGAGGACGAAGGUGAUGACGAGGAUGAGACAGGGAAUCUCGGGGAUUAG